AAUUCCAAUUUCCAAACAAGUAUCCAUCUAAGAAAACAAAAUUCGAUUUCAGUUCCUUCGUCGAAGUCGAUUUGUAUGUGUGCUUUGGCUCUGUUUCUUGCGCGCUCUGUGAUCCCAACGGCAACAUGGACGAUGAAUUGCUAGAGCUUCAGAGACAGUUCGAAUUUGCGCAACAAGCCAAAUCAAGCAUUCGACUAUCGGAAAGAAACGUUGUGGAAUUGGUCCAAAAGCUUCAAGAGCUUCGUAUCCUCGAUUUCGAGCUCCUCCACACCGUCACCGGCAAAGAAUAUAUCACUCCUGAGCACCUGCGGCGUGAAAUAUUGGCUGAGAUUGAGAAGUUAGGACGCAUUUCUUUGAUAGAUCUUGCGGAUACUAUUGGUGUGGAUCUAUACUAUAUCGAGAAGCAAGCUGAACAGAUUAUAUCAGAUGAUCCACGACUUACAUUGAUUCAAGGGGAAAUAAUAUCUCAAUCUUAUUGGGAUUCUGUGGCGGAAGAAAUAAAUGAGCGGCUUCAGGAGUCUAGUCAAAUUGCUUUGGCUGAAAUUGCUGCAGAGUUGCAAGUUGGUUCUGAAUUGCUUGCAUCGAUGUUGGAUCAACGGCUUGGGACGCUGGUAAAAGGUAGGCUCGAAGGUGGUCAGCUAUAUACCCCAGCAUAUGUUGCACGAGUUUCUGCCAUGGUUCGUGGUGCCACCAGAGCUAUUACUGUUCCGACAAAUUUAACUGUCAUAUGGAGCUCUUUACAGCAAAUCUUGCAAGGCAUUGACGGAGCUAGUGGCAUAGCUGUUGAUGGUUCAUUUUUCCAGUCCCUUUUUAAUGCAAUUGUCAAGGAAAAUGAGAUUCUUGGAUCACUUCGCGCUGGUGUUCAUUGGACACCAAAUAUAUUUUCCAUUGCUCAAAAAGAAUCCAUAGAUUCUUUCUUCUCACAGAAUUCUGUUAUAAGCUAUGAUUUUCUGCGAAAACUGGGGAUUCCCAACCCCAUUCAGUUCUUGCAGUCCAGAUAUCCUGAUGGAAUACCUUUAAGCACUACAUUCAUUCAUCCUUCAAUAAUUGAAAUGUUGGAUUCUACCGUUGAAGAUAUCCUUGAGCGUGGUAGCUGGACCAAUUCUCUUCUUGUACUUCCUUCGUCAUUUGAGCCCCAAGAUGCUUCUAAAAUUUUGUUAUCUUGCCCAUCUGUUCAGGUAGCUCUAAAGUCUAAUAAAGCUCUCAUAUUUGGAGAUUCAUUUAUAUUCAGCAAUAUUUUUAUCAAGGAUCUAUAUGGUCGCAUGGAGAAGGAGAUGGAGACCAUAAAUGUCCCAGGAUCUUCUACUGGCAUUUCUUCUGUAGAUUCACUGAGCAGUAGUAAAUUUGGAAAUGAUCCAAGCAUGUCUGCUGAGUCAAUUGAAACGGGAAAUGAUAUUGGUAAAACUGGAGAGAUCGUGGAGAAAAAGUCAAAGAAAAAGAAGGGUAAAUCAUUUGGAAAUACUCAAUCUAUAGCUGCCGAUGGUGCUCUAGAUGACCACGAAACUUCAAUGAAAUCCAAGAAAAACCAGAGGAAAGCUAAGGCUACAUCCAAUGUGCAAGUGGCAGAGACUAAAGCAGGGGGUAAAAAGGAAUCAGUUAAAGCAAAAGAGAACAAUAUUAAUUACCCUACCGAAGAAUGGGUUAUUGAGAAGAUCAAGACGCUGAUACCUGAUCUUGAGGAACAUGGCAUAGAUGAUCCUGCAAUAAUCCUCCAACCUUUGGUAAAUCAUCUUAGACCUAUGCUGAACAAUUCAUGGAAGGAGAGAAGGAAGGCACUAUUUACGGAAAAUGCAGAAAAAAUGAAACGCUUACUUGACAAUACCCAACAGAAACUUGACGAGCCUUUCUUAAAUUUGCAGCUGUACGAAAAAGCUUUAGAUUUAUUUGAAGAUGACCAGUCAAUUUCUGUCAUUUUGCACCGGCAUUUGUUAAGAACAACAGCUGCACCAAUCGUGGAUAUGCUUUUUCAUAACUUGGACUUGUACAAAAAGUUGAAGAAUGGAAUAGAAGUUGCAGAAUUGCAGAAUUCUGAAUCAGUCUCACUUAAUACAGGAGAAAGAACUACAAUUGCUAAGAGCUUUCCUGGAUCUCUAUCAAAUAAGGCUGUCACUGCAGCUGAAGCUUUGGAAGGGAAGCGGGUGGAGACCUUCAUAAGUGCACUGGGGGAUUUAGUAGAAGAGAGUGGAUUGAUCUUGAAAAAACUUGACAAGAAAUUGGAGAGGACUCUUCUGCAUUCAUAUCGUAAGGAGUUGACAUCUCAAGUUUCUGCUGAAAUGGAUCCAAUUGCUCUUCUACCCAAAGUUGUUUCUCUUCUUUACAUACAGAUUCAUCAUAAAGCUCUUCAAGCUCCUGGAAGGGCAAUCUCUGUUGCUAUUUCUCGCUUGAAGGAUAAACUGGAUGAUUCGGCAUUCAAGAUCUUAUCAGAUUACCAAACUGCAACAGUGACCCUGCUGUCUCUUAUUUCAGCUGCUGUCGGUGAUGAAGACGACUGUUCAUCUGACAGAAUAUUGACCAAAAGGGAGUUUUUGGAGAGUCAAAUCCCAGCACUUAAAGGGUUGGUUUCAUCUACCUAAUUACAUCAUACGAUCGAUGGUGUCUUGUGGUAUCCUAUAUUGCAAAUUUUCAGUAAGUUCUCUAACCUAAUACCCUUGGAAACAGAAUCACAUUGGGUAGCAACACAUCGUCUAAUGAUAUCAGAACUCCUUUGACAUAAUUUUAGGAUGACCGACGGUAUGUUUUACGUGUAUGAUAAAGUCGAGAAAUUAUUGGAAUUGGCCUUAAAAAUGUGGUUGAUCACUCGCUCACUUGUUUGAUAAAAGAAACCGCUAUAAAUAAUAACACCAUAGCAUUUUAAACAAUAUCA